AUGCUCCCUCAUGGUGCGCAUGCAAUUGUUAUGGAUUACUAUGUAACUCAAGAGCAGUACGGAUUUAAACGAGGACAAAGUGCUUCAAUGGAAGGUGCAUUUUUAAAUCAUUUUCCACAUGUUCGAAAACACUACUACCAAGUAUACGGACCACAGGAUUACGAAUUUGACUUUCCGGGAGCUACAGAUACUCGUAAUGAUGCUUCUGUAAUUGUAAACGCAACACGUCUACAACUACUAAUCGAUACAGCUUUAGAAGAUAUGCAACCAUAA